CCUCCAGCCAGGAUCUUUGGCUUGUUUCAGCAUCUCCUGGCCACCAUGAGAAGGUCCUGGCUGGGUUUACAGCUGCUUCUCGGCUGCGUUCUGCUGCUGGCCGUGCUUGUGGCCAAAGGGAAAUGUUGCAUGGAAGAGGAGGAGAGUUCUUCCGAAGAGGAGUGUCAUUGUGUAAAGAGGCAUCGCUGCGUGGAAGAAUGUUGUGAGAAGAGGUGCCACCACGAGGAAGAGCAGUGUUGUUGCGAGAAGAGGCAUCAUCACGAGGAAGAGCAGUGUUGUUGCGAGAAGAGGCAUCAUCACGUGGAGGAUAAAUGUUGCAAAAAGAGGCAUUCCCAUGGAGGAGGAGAAGAAGCCGACAAAAAGAAGCACCCCCACGUUGCAAAAAAGCGUCCUAAAAAGAGACACCCCCGUUUGGAAGAGUCGGAAGAAGCAAGUUCGGACUCAAGCGAAUAUUACAAGCACGUGGCAGAAGCAGAACAGAGGGACAUAGCAGAACUGGCAGCUCAAAGCAUGGAUGCCGUGCGACACCACAGGAAAGAGCAAGCGAUUGCCUACUACAACCAAGGAAUCGAUGGAGCCUACUACAAACAUCUGGAGGAUGCUCAAGUGGAGGUUCAGAAAGCCAUCGGGGUCAUGGUCUACGUCAAGAUGCUUUUGGGCAAGACCAACUGCACCAAAAACGAAGAGGAAGAGGCUGGCGUGGAGUAUUCAAGAACCUACCUGGAGAAGGAGGGUUGCCAGCUUCUGCCACAACCGAAUCAGGAGAAACACAACUGCACCUUUGGUAUCUUCGUUGACAUGAGAACCGAAACGAAAGCUGUCGUCAGCCAGGACUGCAUUAUAAUCCCAGGAAUUAAACAAUUUCCCAAACUUUUUAAGGGUCUCCCCUUCUGAUGCUCAGUUCUGGGAGGAAAGCACCCCCUUUGCCUUCCCUCAUAACCGCAUAAUCACUUAGACGCAACUACCCACCCUCCCGACUCGCCCACCCUGAAGGGAAUCCAGUGCGCUCCCAUCUCAUCCCCUUCACAGCUCUGCCUUUGCCCUUGUUCUGAAAUAGGAGAAUAAAAUUAAAUUGCACAGAU